CAGUCUACCAAGCCCACAGCUGAAGCCACCCAACACUCUCGCAUCUCUCGUCUCGAGGCCCGUCUCCCACGUUUUCUAGCACGCUACAUCACGCCCCUUCGCAAUGCACCAAUCUCGCACAUAACCGCCUUUCUGGUCUUGCACGAGCUUACAGCCAUUGUACCUCUAUUCGGUCUCACGUUCGCAUUCCACAAGUUCGACUGGUUACCGCCAGUUUUCUCGGAAGGUUACUGGGUCAAAGAAGGUGUUGAAAAGUUUGGAAGAUAUUUCAGGCGUAAGGGUUGGAUCAGGGAUGCUGAUGGAGAGGGUUUCGAGGACGAGAAGAAUAGAAAGGGAUUUGCGAAGUGGUGGCCUAGGGGUGAGGAUGGUGUGAGGUUGCUCGUUGAGGUUGCAACGGCGUAUGCCAUUACAAAAGCAUUGCUGCCUUUGAGAUUGGGAUUGAGUCUAUGGCUCACACCGAGCUUUGCGAAGAUAUCGACACUACCGAUCAAGAGGCUGUUUACAAGGAAGGCGGCA